AUGGGAAAGACUCUCCAAAUAGUAGCGUCUCUUAUUUCCACCGUAGCCUUCACAGCAGUUUUUCAAGUCCCCGGUGGCUACAAUAGCGAUCCCAGUAGCAAGGCUUAUGGAAAGCCUUUACUCAUCGACAAUUUAGACUUCAAAAGUUUUAUAAGGAACGAUAUGGCCGCUUUGAGUCUGUCGCUUAUUACUUUGAUGGUCAUGUUCUUGGCCCCAGUUGCUGGCGACUACUUUUAUUCUUCAUUUUUGAAAAUGGGUACAUUUCUUAUAUGCUUCGCAAUUCUCUUCACUGCAGUAGCGUUCUAUAUUGUUGCUACUUUAUUUCUUCUCAGGCAUUCACGAAUCGAGUCCGUAAAGAAUUUGAGUCUUUUACUGCCUGUGACACUACUGUAA